AUGUCGUGCUCCUCCAAAUCAAAAGGCCGCUCCGCCAAGUCGACCGUUGUCCGGGUUCAAUACGAUGCCACCCUCAAGUCGUCACUUGUACACCUCCCCAUGUGUCUCUAUGCGCCGCUGGUCGACCUCGCAGUUCCACCACAAUCCCUCGUCGUCGAGCUCGACCCUUCUCUCACUUCGCCUCAGGCCGUCCCUUACUAUGCCGGCUGGUCAGGCAUGAGUGCUGCGCCGCUGUCUGUCGGCAAUUCUCUUUCGCAAAAUGCUGCCGCGCCAUCCACAAAUGGCAAGGCCUCCGUCUCGGACGUUCUCAACAUCUCUCCUUCUCUCGCGGCUUCCUUCCAUCCUCCAUUGCCAGACGGCGCUACAUGCUCUGUGCGUCUCCUCCGCUCUCCACCUCUGCCCACCGCCACCAAAAUCGAUGUCACACCCUUGUCGGCAGACGACUGGGAGAUUCUCAGCCUGCAUGCUGAGGAAGUUGAGCUCAACAUGCUCGGACAGGUGCGCGCAGCCACCACGAACCAAGUGCUCACCGUUCACGUCGGCAGGGGCGGCAAUACUGUCGUUCGCUUCCGCGUUGACUCUACCACUCCGAGCACUGCGGCUGUCGACGCGGCUGAGCCCGACACUGACGAUGCAGACGCUGCUGCUGCUGCUGCUGCUGCGGCCGCUAUCGCUGUUCGACUCUCCACCGACACCGAGGUCAUCAUCGCACCCAGGCUGCGCAAAAGGCAAGUCGACCCGUCCACUGAGGAAGAACAUUCUUUGCAACCAACCCACAAGCCCGCUCUCAACGGUACUGGAGAUGCGGCCGAAGCACAAGCGUUGAGGCAGACACUGCCAAAGCUGCUCUGGCGUGUCUUGCCCCAACGCUUCGCACAAGGACUUGCUCUCGACAGUCUUUCCACAAGUGUUGCGGUUCCAUCUACAUCGGCUAUCGGACAUGCACAGCUGCGCACUAUCUACCCAGACGGUCGUCUCUCUCUCACCAAAGUCUCGUGUCCAACUAACAACAGCGCUCAAGAAAUGUCCAAUGCAGCCAGAGACAAGAGCUCCGCGUCGACAACCGCCAAUGGCUUCGAUGAUGCCGCCAACGAUGCAUCCAGCGCACCAGGUACCUUGCCUGUCAGGCCAACAGCAAGUGCUCGCUUCGUCAGUGUCGAUGAUCUGCCUGGCGUCAGAGCUCAACACGACAUUGCAUGGCCCGAACGACACGUGCUUGUCGGCACAAGUCUUCGCGAACAGCUCGGCAUCCAAGAUUAUGAUUUGGUUCGCUUCGGUCCACCACCUCCCGGUUUCUCCAAGACUGCUUCAGCCAAGACGGCUACGCAUACGGACGGCUCUGCUUCAGCAACGAUAACCGAAGAAGAGAGCAAACCAGACCUGGCUGGCGUAGACAACCUGCUUCACGAUGCAACAGAGGCCAUUUCUGCCUGCUUCCGCGCACGUGCUCUCGAAGCCUCAUCUAGCAGCUCCGCCGACGCCAAACCGUUCCAAGGCUCGUCCAGCAUGUUGCUCUCGGGCGGGCCGGGCUCGGGCAAGACGGUCAUCGCUAAGCGCCUCGCAACCGAUCUCUCACGCGACUAUCGCCUCUGCCUCGCCACCACCUACCACGACUGUUCGCCGUACAGCGAAGAGCGCGUGCCCGUGUUACGUGCGCGAUUCACCGAAUGGCUCAACGAGGCAGCGUGGAAAGCGCCCAGCUUGCUCAUCCUCGACAACAUCGAUCGCAUCAUUCCCGCCGAGAUGGAGCAUGUCGACUCGCAGCGCUCUCGCCAGCUUGCCGAGGCGUUUGUGGCUAGAGUCCGGGACUGCGUCAAGAGAUUUGGCGUCUUUGUGGUCGCGACUGCGCAAAGCAGCACGAGUAUCCACAGCUUGCUCAACUCGAGCCAUUUGUGGCUGGACAAUCUGCAGCUCAAGCCGCCAGGCAAACAAGGCAGGAGGGAGAUUUUGGACUUCUUGGUGGGCAAGAAGCUCAGGAACGCCAAUAGUGCGGCCGGUGCAGGCGAGGAAGCACCUUCGGAUCUCAACUUUGUGACGCUGGCGACGCAGACGGAAGGAUAUCUGCCUGCCGACUUGCAGGAUCUGGUCGAGCGGGCGACGCAUCAAGCCGCUAUUCGCAGUGCAAAUGCGACGCAGAGAGCGCCUACUACUCGUCCUGCCGUCAAUGGCAUCGCCAAGAACGGCAUCCAGCACGGUGCAGCCAACGGUGUUGUCACUCCCCCGACCGAGACAGAGCAAGGUCUCUCGAUCACCAUGGACGAUUUUACGCAAGCGCAGGAUGGGUUCACGCCCAUGUCGCUCCGCGACGUCAACCUCGAGAAAUCUUCGGUCGCGUGGUCCGACAUUGGUGGUCUGGUCGAAACACGUCGUGUCCUCCGCGAGACGCUCGAGUGGCCCACCAAGUAUGCAGCCAUCUUCGCCUCGUGCCCGCUGCGUCUGCGCUCCGGUCUGCUGCUCUACGGCUACCCGGGAUGCGGUAAGACGCUGCUGGCCUCUGCUGUGGCAAAAGAGUGCGGACUCAACUUUAUCAGCGUCAAAGGGCCUGAGAUCCUCAACAAGUACAUCGGAGCGUCUGAGAAGUCGGUGCGCGAUCUGUUCGACCGCGCACAGGCGGCCAAGCCAUGCGUGCUCUUCUUUGACGAAUUUGACUCGAUCGCGCCCAAGCGUGGACACGACAGCACGGGCGUCACGGACAGGGUGGUCAACCAGAUGUUGACGCAGAUGGAUGGUGCCGAGGGGCUGGACGGAGUUUACGUGCUUGCUGCGACCAGUCGACCGGAUCUCAUCGAUUCGGCGCUGCUGCGACCGGGUCGAUUGGACAAGUCGUUGCUGUGCGAUAUCCCGACACUGGAGGACAGGGUGGACAUCAUGAAGGCCAUUGCGAGGAAGGUGCAUCUUCACCCGGAGGUCGACUUGGAGAGAUGGGCGGCAAGGACGGAAGGCUUUUCGGGUGCCGAUUUGCAGGCUCUGCUCUACAAUGCGCACCUCGAGGCGAUUCACGAGUCAAUCAACGCUGCUACCGAGGAGAAGAAAGGCGAGGCGAAACAGGACAAAGAUGCGGCGGGUGCGGAUGGCGCGCUCAAGUUCACCACUAUCGGCGGUGGAGGCAAAAAGACGCUCAGCGGCGCAGAGAGGCAGGCUCUCAUAAGAAAGCUCGAGUUGGUGCUCAAAAACACCUAUUCGCAACUGCCGCACAAGGAACCCACCAAAGCGGGACGCAUUCUUCCUGCUUAUCUCACCUCGGCUGGCAUCAACGGCAUCGAUGGCGACCACGAUCCGGAGACCGAAGCACCGAAGAAGAGCAAGAGCAAGACCUUCGUCACCGAGGCGCACCUCGAGACUUCGAUCAAGAGCACGCGUCCUAGUGUGCCUCUGGAAGAGCAGAGGAGGUUGAGAGGCAUCUAUCGCACGUUUGCCGGUGAUCGAGACGGAAGUUUCCCAGACGGUGAGGCGAGCACUCAGAUUGGUGCUAGAAGCAGUCUCAUGUAG